AUGGCAGCUCGGAAGCACAGAACAGCAAUGGUAGCAAAAAGGAAAGUGAAAAAUAUUAGUGCCAAUGAUGUACUGAUCAAAGGCAUAUCUAUUGUGAAUUCGGCUGGAUCAGAAGGUGGCCAAGCUGUGGCUUUGAGGACUGCAGGGGAUAACAUAGCGGUCUACCAAUGCUCUAUCAAAGGAUAUCAAGACACUUUACUUACCGCAUAUGGGCAACAAUUUUUUAGAGAGAGUGAGAUAUAUGGUACAGUAGAUUUCAUUUUUGGAGAUGCCAAUGUUGUUUUUCAAAAUUGCAUGAUUUAUGUGAGGAAACCAAUCCAUGGCCAAGUUAAUGUAAUAACAGCCCAAGGUCGAGGGGAGCCAAAGAAGACUGGAACAGUGCUACACAACUGUUCUAUUAUUGCAGACAAGGAAUUAGAGCCCUAUACAAUGGAGGUCAAGACAUUCUUAGGAAGGCCUUGGUUGGACUAUUCUCAAACAAUAGUCGUGGAGUGCUUUCUUGGUGACCUCAUUGACCCCGAAGGAUGGCUUAAGUUCAAUGGUGAUGUUGCCUUGUCUACAUUUUAUUAUGUGGAAUAUGGGAACCGAGGCCCUAGGGCAGAUACCAAAGGAAGGAUUACAUGGCCUGGUUACAACAUUGUCAACAACUCUAAUGAUGUCCAAGAAUACACUGUAAAUAGGUUCAUAAAUGGAACUAAUUGGCUCCCACGUAUGGGGGUUCCAUUUGUGCCUCGUUUUAUAAAUUAG